AUAACUACGUCGUUAUGUAGAGAAGUGAAGAAGGAAGAGACCUGCUAACUAAGGAUUUAUCCACCAACGUCUGUAUAAAAAAGUAGAAACAUGGCCCAGCCUGAUGGUGGCGCUGACGUUCAGGGCAGUGGAGACACCGUGGAUGCCCUGAAGUUCUUUUCAAAGAGAGCGGAUGGAGGGUCUGCAGACGGAACCAAGACUUCAGAGGAGAUAGACUCUCUGCCCCUCAGCAGCACUAAGACUGCAGACUCAGACCCCUACCGCUACAACAUGGACUACCCCAGCCUGGGAACCUGUCUGAUCAUCAACAACAAGAACUUCCACCGCUCUACAAAUAUGAACACUCGUAACGGGACAGAUGUGGACGGGGCCAACGCCAUAAAGAUCUUCUCUGGUCUGGGCUAUAAGAUAAGGUUUACCAACGAUCAGACCGUGGACCAGAUACAUCAGCUGAUGUUCCAAGUAUCCCAGGAGGACCACAGCCAGAGCGCCUCAUUCGCCUGUGUGCUGCUCAGUCACGGAGAAGAAGGGGGGAUAUACGGCACUGACGGAUUUGAAAAGAUAGAAAACUUCACCAGAUACUUCAAAGGAGAUCGCUGCAGCACUCUGGUGGGGAAACCCAAGCUGUUCUUCAUCCAGGCGUGUCGGGGCUCAGAUCUGGACGGUGGGGCUAUGGUUGAGACCGACAGCAGAGCAGAGCAAAUAGAGAGGAUUCCUGUGGAGGCGGAUUUCCUUUACGCUUAUUCAACUGCUCCAGGGUACUACUCCUGGAGAAACACCACCAACGGCUCCUGGUUCAUGCAGGCGCUGUGUGAGAUGUUGCAGCGAUACAGUGGGGAGCUGGAGCUGAUGCAGAUCAUGACCAGAGUCAACCGCAGGGUGGCCACAAACUUUGAGUCUGCCUCCAACCUUCCUGGAUUCAGUGGGAAGAAACAGAUCCCCUGCAUCGUCUCCAUGCUGACCAAAGACUUCUUCUUUCCUGUCAAAUAUUAA